CCUCCACUAUAUUUUACUUCCUAGUAUUUCACCUAAUCAAUCCACACAGUGACCCUUUUUGGGAUUCCAGACUGGUUUCCUCUGCAGCUUGGGCUGGCUUUAAGAUCCCAUCACCAUUCAGCAAUUAUGGCGAUGAGAGGCAACAAGAUCAUACAAGCCAAGCUGGUGGGUGCUUUUGGGGGACAUGGGGACUGGGAAGACAAGCCUGGUGCUGAGAUUUGUGAAGGGUCGGUUCCAUGAUUACCAGGAAUCGACAAUAGGGGCAGCAUUUUUCACACAGGUGCUGGCAGUGAACGAAGCGACCAUCAAGUUUGACAUAUGGGACACUGCUGGGCAAGAAAGGUACCAUAGCUUGGCUCCCAUGUACUACCGUGGAGCUGCAGCAGCUGUUGUAGUUUAUGACAUCACCAGCAUGGAUUCGUUUGUUCGAGCUAAGAACUGGGUUCUGGAAUUGCAGCGGCAAGGUACUAGAACAUGUUGCUGUUGGGGUGUUGUUUCUCACCCAAAAUCCCUCAGCUUUUUAGUCCUUUCUUGCUUUUCAAGAAACAAAACCUUUUAGUUCAGCCUUUUUCAGGGGUUUUUACAAUCUCCAAAAGAAACCAUUUUCUGGUACCCUUCUCCAGUAAAAGUCCAAGGUGAAUGUUGUUAAUUUAUUAACUGGGUUAAGGUAUAUCUGUUAUUGUUAAUGUUGCAGAGAAGCCAAAUUUGAUAGUGUUCUUGGUUGGCAACAAGGCUGAUUUGGAAGGGAAGAGGCAAGUUGGAAGCCAGGAAGGGGAGGAUUAUGCUCAAGAAAAUGGACUGGCCUUCCUUGAAACCUCUGCCAAAACGGCUCAGAACGUAAACGAACUCUUCUACGAUAUAGCAAAUCAACUGGCAAAAAUUGUGCCUUCACGUCCAGGUGGAAUGACGUUGAGCAAUAGAAGAGGAUCGGAAACAGGCGGGAGGGUAUUCUUUUGUUGCUCCUCCUGAUCACAGGAGGUGGAAACCUUCAAUCAACACUAAAUGAUCAAAUGUGCAAUCUUGUUUUGGCGCUGCAUUGUUCAAUAUUGUUUUAUAUGUAAAAUACUAAAAUGUAUUGUGUAAAAAAAAAUACAAUAUUAUAUAAUUAUCGGGAUCAAGUCCGUUAAUAUGUUCGUUGUAAAUUAACAUCGUUGAAGUACUGC